AACACAGGCUACUCAGCAGGCUGCAUAGUCGACUCGUGUAGCCCAAUCUUUUACCGUGGUUCCAAACACUUUCUAGGGGAGAGGAUUGUUCACAUUUGAAUAGAACCAGUGACAAUGAAAGGGAGCAUGAACUCUGAUGCGCUUACUUUCACGCAUCUUGUUUCCUGCCCGCAUGUUUCCGUGGCAGCGGCAAAAUAGCUCGUCGUCGCACCGAGUGAGAAAGGACAGCCAAAGGAAGAGCUCGUCCCAUUUUUUUCACAUCCAAAGAGAGGACACCGCAACAUAAAGCCAAGCCUUUGUAAAGAAGACUCGUAUGUGCAGGAACUCAGAAGCGUGAGGAACAGCACAUUUUAGCGAAUUAGCCUCUGCAAGGACGGACCUGACCCUCGCUUUUUUUUUUUUAGAUAAACCUUGUAUCUAUUUCUUUUUGGUUUGAGAAAACUGCAGUUAAAGCAACUUGGCCGUUUUGUUACCGCACACGUUUUGAAAGCAACAUCUGUUUGGCCGAUUUUCAAUCGAUUCUCAUGUAUUUCGCAGAGGGCAGUUAGGUACGUUUUUUAACUGCUUUUCUUUACCCACGUCCUGUCCGGAAUAUUAAAAAAAGGCUCGUUUUUGAACGCUGCUUGUGAGAAAUUCCCCAGCGAAAAUUCCAUUCGUUCCGAUGAGACAAGACAACUCACAGUGGUCAUCUGUUUUCAAGGCGAUCCACAUGCAUUGCCAAACUCUGCGUUUUUAUUAGCUAAAGCUUUGGCGGUCAUAACUUGUUAGACGGGCUACAUUGUAGAACAAGAAGAGCUAUAUCAAAUAAGAUGUUGCUCAAGGAGUACAGGAUAUGCAUGCCGCUGACUGUCGAGGAGUACAGGAUUGGUCAGCUAUAUAUGAUCAGCAAACACAGCCAUGAGCAGAGUGACCGCGGCGAAGGGGUGGAGGUGGUCCAGAAUGAACCGUUUGAGGACCCCGCCCACGGUCAGGGUCAGUUCACUGAGAAACGUGUCUACCUCAACAGUAAAUUGCCCAGCUGGGCUCGAGCAGUGGUGCCCAACAUCUUCUACGUAACAGAGAAGGCCUGGAACUACUACCCCUACACCAUCACAGAGUACACAUGUUCUUUCUUGCCCAAGUUCUCCAUUCACAUAGAGACGAAAUACGAGGACAACAAAGGCAGCAAUGACAACAUCUUCUCAGACAGUGAAAAUAAAGACCAGGAAAGGGAAGUGUGUUUUGUGGAUAUCGCCUACGACGAGAUCCCUGAGAGAUACUAUAAAGAGUCUGAGGACCUGCGGUACUUCAAGUCAGAGAAGACGUCGAGGGGCAUGCUGCAGGAGGGCUGGAGGGACACCCAGGAGCCCAUCAUGUGCUCCUACAAGCUGGUCACCGUCAAGUUUGAGGUGUGGGGCCUGCAGACGCGUGUGGAGCAGUUUGUACACAAGGUGGUGCGUGAUGUGCUGCUCCUAGGCCACAGGCAGGCUUUUGCCUGGGUGGAUGAGUGGAUCGACAUGACGAUGGAUGAGGUGAGAGAGUAUGAGCGCACCAUCCAGGAAGCCACCAACGAGAAGAUCGGGAUUUUCCCCCCGUCGAUCUCUAUCAGCGAGAUGCCCCUGUCCUCCUGCACCCUCUCCGGCCCCGCCAGCGCCCCCACCACCCCCCUCUGCACUGACGCGCCCGAGUUCCUCUCCGUCCCCAAGGACAGAGCCCGCAAGAAGUCCGCCCCUGAGACCCUCACCCUGCCCGACACCGCUGCCCAGAACCAGAGUGGAGUCCCCCAAGGCUCUAUGCUGGUGCCGCUUCCAAAUCACUCCCCCUGGCCCUCCUCUGACUCUGACCAGGCUGAGUUAGGGGGGGAAUAGGAGAGACGGGAUGUUCUUUUCCCCCAUAUGCCCUGCCCCCUCACUGUCUUAGUAGCCCAGCAAGACUAGCCUCUACACCCCAGUGCCCAGUCCUCCAGGCCCAACUAACCAUAUCCCAGAGGUCAGUGCUUCUUACACAUAUCUCCAGAGGUCAAAGGUCUUACCACCAGUUUCCAAUCUCCUACAUCCUCAACAGAAUUCUGUUUUGUCAGCCUUCAAAUGGAUGGCUUCCUGAGAUCUAGCCAAUCAGCUGUCUGAUCUACUGUAACAACCACCCAAGCUGUCCAUCAAGAGAACAUAUCCACAAGGGGUUUUGUGUGCUGUUCUCAAUUAGCGAUCCCUGCGUUUGUCAUAAAAUAUGUUAUUGACAAAAUGCCAGAUGGAUUUUUUAUUUUUUUUAUCCGGUCAGCUGAUAAACCUUAUGUAAUGUAAAUGUAGCUGCCAUAACAACAUGAAAAUAGAGAAACAAUGAUAUUAAUAUUGUUUUGUUCACUUGAGUGAAUGAACAUCUUUUCAUAGAAUUCUCAAAUAUCAAAUUAUAAUUUUGACCUUGAAAUAAAUCAACUUUUAAAUUAACAAAAUGGAAGUAGAAAUACUGUAGUAUAGUUAGUUUUAUUACUACAAUGAUUCACUAAAAAGACACCACCUUUAACCUGGACGGAGGAGAGACCAUUCAAAACUGAACCCAGAGCUGUGUGUGUUCAUGUCUCUCCACUCCACACUCCAAUUGAAACAGGUGGAAUGUCAGUACAACCACAGAAAGAGAUCCCGUCUCAGGUCUCCAGAGCUCUGCUUCGGCCCUCUUUAGGAAGGGCAGAGAACGUAACCAUUCUCUCCCUGCUUUUAAACACAAUUUUUAUACCUGCAUCUAUACUCACCUGUCUACUUAACUAGCCUUUGGAACGUUUACACAACAUUAGAUAAGCCAUGAUAAAAUACAUAUUGGGCAUAAAGUUUGACAUUGGAGAGUGAUGCAUUCAGUUUAAUCAAAUUGGUAUAGCAACAGAACAGAUAUAACUAGGAAAAAUGCUGUAAAUGUACAGUUGAAGUCGGAAGUUUACAUACACCUUAGCCAAAUACAUUUAAACUCAGUUUUUCACAAUUCUUGACAUUUGAAUCCUAGUAAAAAUCCCUGUCUAAGAUCAGUUAGGAACGCCACCUUAUUUUAAGAAUGUGAAAUGUUAGAAUAAUAGUAGAGUUAUUUAUUUCAGCUUUUAUUUCUUUCAUCACAUUCCCAGUGUGUCAGAAGUUUACAUACACUCAAUUAGUAUUUGGUAGUA